GCCAGUGGCUCUUUGUUUGUGGCUCACUUCACAUACAUUUCAUAAUUAAAUCAGCGACAACGAAACGCUUAUCAAUCUCAGAGCUAAAGAAGAGAGCUGCAGUAAAAGCAGCAGCAGCACGGGCCCCGGUGUGUGCAUGUCGAUUUGGCAUGAUCGGAGGGCCGGAUUUUUUACAUUCUACGGAAUACAUUUUGCUCGACAAGUGUCUGAACAUUUUAUAGUGUAAAGUUGGGCAUCAAAUGGGUAAUAUGACUCGCAGAUGGAUGCACAUGCAGUGAUUCACCUGAAAUUUUGCUGCGACAGACUUUUUCGUGGGGGUUUUGGGUUUUCAUCGAUUAUGAGGCACAUGUUUUUUGAUGUAAACCACAUAUGAAAAUAGGGAGAAGGGUUCCAAAAAGCCAAAGCAUGAUCACACAGUGAUGUAUUGAAAUAUUAAGAAGGGAUCAGGUAAACAGUGGCAUGCAGUGACAACUGAAGCUAUGAAAGUGGCUUCUGCCACCCUGGUCACAAUUUUGCCACACUAUUAGACAGACAUUAACUCCGAAAAAUCUACAAUUUGUGACAUUUUAGGUAAUAAAUUUGUCACGGUGUAAUAGGUUUUUACAGAUGAUCAAAACUAGCAAUAAACCCAGCUACCAUUUAGCUAAUUAACAACUAUAAUUGGCUUAAACUUUCAGUAUUAUCACUCCAUCAGACGUGCGAGUGCUGCACCUCCAAAGGUGUUCAGUUUUGUUGCAACCACACACGUAUCAUCAUGCUGUACCGCCUGCAGUCCUGCCUCAAGUAUUUCGCCUUACUGGGUAUUGUGCCCUGGACAGAGACCUGCGGACCGUGUCAGUAUUUUCAAAAGAUAUAUUCCAUAUUUCUAAUGUCCAUAAAUCUGGUGAUAUUCGGUAUGGAGAUCCACAUUCCACAAAAAGAUUCAUUGCUCCUUUCGCUGCUGGUCAGCGCGAUUGUGUUUAUUGCAAAGGUUCUGUGCAUGACGGUUAUCCUGCUGCAGAUGAUGUGCCAGUACGAAGGAUAUUAUGGGUUCUGUAAGGAGUUGCAGCGCGUAAGGGAGCGCCUAGAAGUGCAGCUAAAGAUGGGAGCAUUGUUAUAUCCCCGCAGGCGGUACAUUAAAAUUAUGUUUCUGGGAAUAGCCAGCCUUGGGACAAUGGCUUCCCUGAUUUAUACAUCCUUUAUUGCGAGUUUGAUGUACUUUUGGUCCUCGUGUGUGGCCCUCAUCAUCAUUAGACUGCAGUGUGUGCUGCUCCUGUUUUAUGUGGAUUUAAUGGGUUUUCAUGUGGAGCUCCUGGGCAAACGCAUUCGGGAUGUGCUGCACUGUCACUCGUCGGGUGGAAAUUGCGUCCCGGAUGGCAAUUGCAAGCAGCUGCGUUCCCUGGAAUUUCUCCUCGAACUUAAACAAAGCCACAUGGAGGUCUUUGAUCUUUUCAGUCACUUUAAUGAUCUUUUUGGCUGGUCAAUUUUGAGUAUAUUCGUGGUGAUGUUCAUGGAUGGCACGGUGAAUAUUUACUGGACCCAACAGGUCCUAGCAGGUGUAUAUGGACUGGUGUAUCUCAAUGCCACAUUCUCGUUUUCCGUGCCGUCGCUGGCUCUAAUAUUUGCUUUCUGUCGCUGUGGGGAGUACUGCAAGAGGCAGCAAAUGCUGAUCGGCAGCUAUGUUCGGGGAUUGGCAUACGGCACUCCUUCCCUUCAGCAGUCCAAGGAACCCGCGUACACUGAACUGUUGACUGAAUUUACCCUGCAAGUGGAGCACAAUGUAUUGGCCAUUAAUGCCGAGGGCUUUAUGGUCAUUGAUAAUUCCCUGCUCAUGUCGAUGUUUGCGGCAAUGGUUACCUAUUUGAUUGUUUUAAUGCAAUUCAGUGCAUCGUAGAAAAAUGAUGGCAAAACAUGUUUGUGGACUUAGAACUCUUUAAAGUCAAUUUUUUCAUUCACUUCAUUGCCUCGUAAAGAACGCAUACGAAAAUCAUACUGAAAAAUAAAAAAAAUGUUUAAUUAGAUCCUUAAAA